ACACAACCCUCACUGACGUGAUUAAUUCCUACCAGCUGUAGUCCUUAUUCUCAUUCUGUUGUUUUGCCUUUAUUUUCACUUGCUGAAACCUCUUUCUUUUUUUUUUUUUUUUUUUUUUUUGGCAGCCGUCGUCUGUUUCCCCUCGCCGUCUUAUUUAUCUCUAGGUACCUAGGUAGGUAGGUGGACGCGCUAUCCGUACGCCCAGACCUCUUUUCACAUCUUUAUUAAGUCUCUUAAGGGGUAUUGACGUCGCUUACCCCACGGCUCGCCCAAAGAAUUGCCAUCCUCUCACCAAAAGAUACCCCCCACGCUAGCCGUCAAAUAAUUUCAAGAUGGCAAUCACCAAGCAGCGCAAGAUUGCGAUUGUCGGCAGUCGCUCGGUCGGCAAAUCUUCGCUGGCGGUCCGGUUUGUAGACGGGCAUUUUGUCGAGAGCUACUAUCCGACAAUCGAGAACACCUUUAGCAAAGAGAUCACGUACAAGAACCAGAUAUAUUCGACCGAGAUUGUGGACACGGCAGGACAGGAUGAAUACAGCAUUCUUAACUCGAAGCACUUUGUCGGGAUCCACGGCUACAUAAUUGUAUACUCGGUUGGGUCGCUGACGUCGUUCGAGAUGGUGCGGACGAUCCGUGACAAGAUCAUCCACCAUUUGGGAGUGGCCGAGGGUGACGUUCCGAUCGUCAUCGUGGGCAACAAGAGCGACCUUCGACCGGAGCAAAGACAAGUGACGCCACAGGAUGGACAGGCGCUCGCAACAGAGCUCAAGUGCGGGUACACAGAGGCGAGCGCCCGAUACGACGAGAACGUGGCUCAGGCAUUUGAGCUCAUGAUUGCGCGGAUCGAGGGCGCCCCUAAUGGUGGGGAGGCUACUAAUGGAGGGAAGUGCGCCGUCAUGUGAAGUGGCGGUGCUCGAGCCAGAGUCUGAUUGCACUUAUAUACCCGAAUGAAGAGCAACUUCGGGCCUGCUAGUGGGGACCAACAAAGGUAGUCCAGUAAGCCCAAGGGAGGGAGGCAUGUCGCUUCGUCAUCGUAUGGAUAACGCUUCUUGGAGAUUAAAUUUUUGGGAUGAAGGGUUUUUUUUUUGGCGGGAUUCGUGGCGUUAUGGCUUCAGCUUUUUUUUUUCUUUUUUUAAAUUCUUUUUCUUGGACAGACUUGCUGUUGUACGAUGCCACGUCGAUAGCGGUCACUGCACAGAACGAGGUUGGGGAUAUCGCGUUCAACUGGUCAACGGAGUAUGAAGGACUGGUUACCACAAGGACGGCAGACAGGCAGUUCGGGUUUCUGCUUCCUCCGCCGCUACAGAUGCCGCAUGCAUGAUCUGCGGUGCUUUAUUACCAGGCCAGCGACAAGCUACAGGAGGGAUAGGGAGGGUAAGAGGUUCGUUCUCUAGGAAUAUAUUCCAGAGAAAGCGUAAAUGUCAUUGAUUCAAGGCUGGGGUCUUGGAGUUAUAGAUAUGACAGCUUGCAAUUUAUGAUCGGCGGCUGCUGGGGAACUUGUCCUUUGGACUAUAUGGAUAUAUUUUGGCUGUCUCAACGAUAGAACAUAUUCCUAGUCUAGUCUAGAACUAGAUCCUGGUAACAGGGCACCCCCUAUCCUGUACUAAUGUAUGAAAGUAUCCAGCGAAUA